AUGGAAUUUGUAGUCUUGUUCGGCUGUCGCCGUAAGGGCAUCAUGGGAAUUGGAGUCUUAGCUCCAACUUACACCACUACUACCGCUAGGCAUUAUGGGAACGGCACAAACUGCAGUCCCGUUCGGAUGGACCCAGAUGUAAACCCUCAGGAUGAGAAGCAGCAUCGAAAAAGUACAAGAAGAUCUUCGCAAGUCCCACGAGAUGAAUUUGAAGGCCCACCUGCUUCCAUUAAGCCCCUCUGUCCUGCCAAACCCUCACCCAGUUUCCUAGAGCUUCCAUCUACUCAGUGGAAGCCUAGCCCAGGCCUUCCAUAUACUCAGACGGCUAGGAUAGGGAAAGGAAAGAGACAUUUCUCACCUGAGCACCAGCCUCAGGAAUGCUUCGGCCUCCUCGAGUGCAUGCACAACAACAUCCAGGUGCAGACAAAGAUUGCCCAGGCACAGCUGUCACUCCUCGAGGACAUGCGAGAGACCAUGAACGUCCUCCUCUCCCGGCAGGAGCGGCAAAGCCACGAGGCUGCGGGGCAGUCAGAGCAGCCCUCCCCAAAGGGAUCGGCCUCCUCGCCCCGACCCCUCAGCUAA